AUGCGACAAAAGCAAUGCCGUCGCAAGUCCAAUUUGAUAAAGAAAGCACGUGAAUAUAGUAGGAUGUGUGAAGCAGACGUCUGCUUGGGAAUACGACUACGGGAGACGGGUCAAGUGUUCAUCCUUUCAGCGGACCCAUCAGGAUUUUGGGACUUUCUUGGGUCACAACUAAAUUCCUACUACCCCGCCCCUCAUUUAAUCACAGAGCAAGAUUUGGAGACGGCUGGAGAUACCGCUGUGGCGGAGCAAUGA